GUGUCUGCGAAAGGAUCGUUUCUUGGUCCGUUCUCCUGAAUUCCCGGAACAGCGGCGGCUUUUCAGUUUCACUUUCGUUCGGCUUUUAGGAACUCGAGGCUGCCUACGCUGCAGUCCCUUCACGCUGAAAAGAGGCUAAGGACGGAAGCUCUUGUGGGAUCCCUGAGUUCAGGACGAGAAUGAAUGCUUCUGAGAGCCUUCCUGAGAUCGACGAGGGACUAUACUCUCGACAACUGUACAUGCUGGGCCGUGAGGCCAUGCAGAAGAUGGCUCAAAAAGCUGUGCUGGUCUCUGGGAUGCAGGGCCUCGGAGUGGAGAUUGCCAAGAACGUGAUCCUUGCAGGCGUGAAAUCUGUUACUGUCCAUGACCAGAACAAGGCCCAGUGGAGUGACCUCUCUUCACAGUUCUAUCUAUCGGAGGGUGAUGUGGGCCAAAAUCGAGCCAUGGUUUCCCAGCGCCAUCUUGACAAAUUAAACAGCCACGUCUCUGUGAUAGCCCACACCGAAAGGCUGUCUGAGAGCUUCUUGUCUACUUUCCAGAUUGUAGUCUUGACCAACUCAUCCUUGGAGGAACAGCUGCGUAUCAGUGAUUUCUGCCAUGCCAACAACAUCUGCUUGGUCAUAGCUGACACAAAGGGCCUGGCUGGACAGCUUUUCUGUGACUUUGGAGAAUGCUUUGUGGUUUAUGAUCCCUCAGAGGCUGACCCUGUCUCUGCUACCAUUGACCACAUCACCCAGGGAAACCCGGGUAUUUUGACAGUGGCUUGGGAUGAAGAGCAAAGACAACAUCCCCACUUUGAGGAUGUUGACUGGGUGAUCUUUUCAGAGGUUGAAGGGAUGACAGAACUGAAUGACUCCAAGCCUCGUCUCAUCUGUGUGAGAGGAGAAUGCAGCCUGGAAAUUGGAGACACAUCUUCCUUUUCUCCAUACAAGUGUGGUGGGAUCAUCACUCAAGUCAAGAUGCCUCAGAAGUAUUUCUUUAAAUCCCUGUGUGACUCCAUGGCUGAACCUAAGAUCAGCACCCCAGAUAAGGGAAAACUCUCUUACUAUCACACACUCCACACUGCUUUCUGGGCAAUGCAUGUCUUCUGGAGUGAGAUGUGUCGACUUCCCAAGCCCAGGGAUCAGGCAAAUGCAGAUAAGAUGGUGGAGCUGUCACAGACUCUAACUGAGAAUGAGGAGUCACUGCAAAACGAUCUGAUCCGGACUUUUUCAUAUGGAUGUGCUGGUAACCUGAGUCCUGUCAAUGCCUUUAUUGGAGGCCUAGCUGCCCAAGAGGUCCUGAAGGCUGCCUCAGGGAAGUUCGCCCCUCUGGAUCAGUGGCUGUACUUCGAUGCUUAUGAAUGCCUUCCUGAAAGUAAUGUACAGCUAACAGCAGAAGAUUGUGCUCCAUGUAAUAGCCGCUACGAUGGACAGAUUGCUGUAUUUGGGACUGACUUCCAGGAACAACUGGGGAAGCAAAAAUAUUUUAUGGUGGGAGCAGGUGCCAUUGGCUGUGAGCUCCUGAAGAAUUUUGCCAUGAUGGGUUUGGCGGCUGGAAUGGGAGGGAGCCUCUCUGUGACAGACAUGGAUACCAUCGAAUACUCCAAUCUCAACAGGCAAUUCCUUUUUCGACAGCAGGAUGUGUCUAAGCUGAAAUCAGAAGUGGCAGCUACUGCAAUAAAAUUCAUGAAUCCAAAGAUUAAUGUGGUAGCUGAGCAGAAUCAAGUUGGACCUGAAACAGAGCACUUCUAUGGGGAUGACUUCUUCCUUCGGCUGGAUGGUGUUGUCAAUGCCCUAGACACCUUUCAAGCCAGAGAGUAUGUGGGCAAAAGGUGUGUGCAAUACCUGAAGCCGUUGCUCGAUUCUGGGACUCACGGUGCCAGGGGCCAUGUUCAGGUCUGUGUGCCCUUUCUAACAGAGCCAUAUGGCCAAGCUCAGGACAUGGAAGAGAAAGAGCAUCCUUUCUGUACUCUGCGCCAUUUCCCUACCACCAUCCAGCAUGCCGUACAGUGGGCCCGAGAUCAGUUUGAAGGUCUUUUCAAGAUGACAGCAGAGAACACCAAUAAAUUUUUAAAGGAUCUCAGUUCUUUUGAGACUCAAGAAGAGGAGUCUUUGGAAACACUUGAGAGAGUGCACCUCAGCCUUCAGAAGAAGCCAGACUGCUGGAAGGACUGUGUGCUCUGGGCCCGGAGUCUUUGGGAGCACCUUUUCUCCCAUGAUAUCCAACAACUGCUGCACAUCUUUCCGCCUGAACAUGAGACAAGCUCUGGGCUUCCUUUCUGGUCAGGAUCCAAGCGAUGCCCACGGCAGCUGGAUUUUGACUGUGGUAAUGACAUGCACAUGACCUUCAUUUUGGCUGCCAGUCGCCUCUUUGCCCAGAUGUACAGACUGCCUAUCACUGAAGACAUACCUGCUGCCCGCCAGGUCCUCUUUGACCUGCAUCUGCCAUCUUUCCAGCCACAUCAGGGCAUGCAUAUCCCACUCACUGAUGAAGAGAUACAGGAAGCAGGGAGUGCUGUUGACAAGAAGUCCAGGAAAUCUGCUGAAGAUCAGCGAAGGCUAGCAGAGCUCAAGCAGAAAUUGGCAGAGCGAAGGCAAGAAAUGGCAAAGCACAGUGAUUUCACAUCUAGCAUCAUGAUACCCAUUCACUUUGAAAAGGAUGACAACACCCAUUUGGACUUCAUCACCAGUGCAGCCAAUCUGCGAGCCAAGAACUAUGGCAUCCCUCUCACUGAUACACUCCAGGCCAAGAGGAUAGUGGGGAGGAUUGUUCCUGCUAUUGUCACAACUACAGCAGCUGUAGCUGGCCUGGUGUGCUUGGAACUUUACAAGCUGGUAUGGAGACACAGGGAUCUCAGUUCCUAUCGCAGCAGCUUCCUGCAGCCCUCGGAGCCCUUGUUCAGUUGCUUCCAGCCUCGAUCGGCUCCACAAUCAUACAAGUACCACCAGAAGACAUGGAACUCCUGGGACAGGAUUGAAGUGCCAGGUUAUGAUGCCAAGGGAGAAGAAAUCACUCUGAGAGAUCUUUGUAGUCAUAUCCAGAGGGAACACAACCUGGUGCCACGGAUGCUACUCUUUCAGGAGGCUAUUCUCUAUGCUGAGUUCUGGGAGAAAAGGCAGAGAGAGCAACAACUUUCAUACAGGCUGACUGAAGCGGUUUGCCAGACUUCUGGAGAGCCUGUCUCCCCAGAGCAAAAGCUCUUGGUGUUGUCAAUAGUCUGUGAAGAUGAAGAGGCCGAUAAUGAUUUACCACCUGUUCAUGUCUGGCUCCAACCAGUGAAAACUGAAAGAUGAGGAACAUUAAAUGUAUAUGUAAAUGUAAUGAAAAGAUAAUCGUAUCCAUAAACCAGAUGUACUGAAUGUGUCUGAUCUCAGUUGUGUUUAAAGCAGAAAUGUUGCUUGGUGAAGAGAGCUUCCCUUGCUCUUGUGGUUUAAGCAUGGAGAAUGAAUCAGGAAUGAGUUCAUUCAAGAAGUACAACCAAGAGGAUUGGAAUUUUGUUGGACCUGAAAAGCUGCCCUGUGCACUCCAUGUCACUUCUGUUUGAGCAGAAAAGUGUGGCUUGGCAAGAGGGCACAUGAUCCAGUUCAGUCUCCAGCCCUCCUCAACCAAUUGCCGUCCAGAUGUGCGGGUUCCAGUGACUAUUGUUCUGACGUGACCCUGUUAGCUAAUGAUGAGGGGAGUCACAAUCUGACACAUCCAGAGGGAAGGCUGUUGUAACGGAAAUACACUUAAAUAUUUUAGACUUCAUCUUCCAAAAUCCCUGCUGGGACUUCUAGGAAUUGAACUCCAUAACUCCAUAUGUGCUAUGGAAAAAGGAUAGAUUCCUUCCUUCCAAAUCUAGUGAAAUCUAUUAUCAAAGUUGGAUUUUGCCUAUGGUUUCCAUCCCUCCCCCACCCCACUGAACACUUUGUAUGAUAUAUUCUUAUAUGAUUACACAGCUGAUGCUAUCACAAGUAACUUGUAACAGCCCAUCCUUACGUUUUUAUUGAUGUGUUUUAACUUUGUCUUAUUAAUGGUUUGAUUUUAAUCGUAUGUUUUAAUUUUUUAUUUGUGCGUUUUCGGUAUUUGAUGUUUUUGUAUGUAUACUCUUUUGCAUUUGUAAGCCACCCUGGGUCCCUGCGGGGAGAUAGAGGCGGGGUACAAGAAUAAAAUUAUUAUUAUUAUUAUUAUUAUUAUUAUUAUUAUUAUUAUUAUUAUUAUUACUACUACUUGUAGGACAACUCAACAUUUGUGGCUAUAUUUCAAAUAAAAGAUUUCAAACAUUCCCUGCAGCAGCAGUAGCACUGCUAAGAUCAGAUAAAGGUAACUGGGACACUGGCCUUGCUUUUCUCACAUCUUCAUUUUGGUAGAAUAACAAGUGGCUAACAUUAGGCGAGGAGCACUAUGGCUGGGUGCCCACUGACAGAUUGCCCCUCGUGUUUACAGUUAACUUCUAAAAACACAUUAGACUAAUGAGCCAGGCUUGAUGGUGAACGGAAGCUUCUUUCAUUUCAACAGGGACACUGCUCUUAGGAAAACUGCCUUUGGAUCCCGGAUUGGACAAAAUGUUUUUGCCUAGCUCAUCUCUCAUGUUCUCCCGCAAUGACUAAAGCUACAAACUGACCAAGGCAACACACAAAACAAAAUGUACUUCAGUAACUUCUCUUGAAAAUCAAGACCCAUUUUGCUUUCUCCUCUUUAUGAAUUCUCCUGCUCUCUUGACUGACUGACUGACUGAUUGAUUGAUUGAUUGAUUGAUUGAUUGAUUGGAAUGAAGUAACAGUGAUCUUGAAGCUGCUGGGGCUGAUCCCAGAGUUUGGAACUUCACGGGAGGCCAGGAUAGCUCCAUCUCUUUCAUCUUUCUGAAAGUAGUCAGAAGUCUGUUGGCAACUGUUGUUUUUUUUUUUUUUUUUAAUUUGGAGUGUUAAUGGGGUGUAUCCUACAAAAGCUCCUUAAUAUCCACUAGGGUUUUCCCCCCAAGUCCCCUGUUCAAAUGGAAAUCUGUGGAUACUCAAAUUCCGUUAUAUAUAAUGCUGCAGUAAAAUACUGCCCCCUAUGUAAAUAGCAAAAUCAAGAUUUUUGGGGGGUUAUUUGUUAAUAUUUUUAAGAGUUUAAAGUUUUUUUCUUUUUAGUUUAUAUAUUAUCCAUUAGUUUAGAUACUACCCAUUUUCCCGUUUUAUUAGCUGAUUCGAAAGUUCUCAAAUUCAUUUUUAGUUUCUUGUUGAUUUCUGAUGUUGUUAACAUCAAAAUUUUUACCUGUAGGAUUUUGAUUUUUUUGUGUAAUUUUUGGAUUGUUUGAUUUUUUUCUGUUGCUCCAGAUACUAGAACAUGGAACAAAACCAACCCCUCAUCUGAACAAAUCUUGCUAAGAAAAACCCGUUGAAGAUUCAUCUUAGUAUUUCCUGUUUGAAGGAACACAACAACAAAGCAAAUAUGUUUAUCAGGAAAAGUGGAGGUUUUGGUUCUCCUAUGUAACAUCUCCUGGUGGCUUAACAGUAAUCCUGGCUUUUGCAAUGCUGUGUUACAUUGGUUCAUUCAUGACUGCAAAUUCAGUCAUGCAAUGCUUGAUGCUCAGGGGUCUAAGAAGUAUUGUUGUUGUGUGUCUUCAAAUCAUUUUCAACUUAUAGCAACUCUUAAGACAAACCUAUCACUGGGUUUUCUUGACAAGAUUUGUUCAGAGGGUAUUUCCCAUUGCCUUUCACUGAGGCUGAGGGAGUGUGACUUGUCCAAGAUCACUUUGAGGUUCCUUGGCUGAGCUCUAGUCUCCAGAAUCAUGGUUUGAUGCUCAAAAUGGCUCUUAGUAUAGGUUUGGGGAGGCAAAAUGAGGGCAUUGCUUCCACAAAUAAGAAUCGUCCCAUUAGAUUUUCAUGCACUUCCUGAAUUUCUAACAUUGCAGUACCUUGAAAUUUCAGUUGAGUGUUUAGAAAUACAGUAUGGGCAUCCAUACUGGGUAAAACUAAGGGAAUGUAAACACAGCAAAUCUAAGAGCUUUAGGUAUGAUUGAUGUUCAGUGCCUCAAUUUCUACAAAUUUGGGAACUGAAGUAAAAUUUACAGUGGGGGCAUAAGUAUUACUUGGAAAGGAAUGGCCUUAUUUUGCCCCCUCCUCUAAUGACUAUACCCAUAUUCAUGCCCGUGCAAAAUCUGUUGUGCCCAAUACAAUACUUAUCUCCUAGCACAACAGUUCCUGACUUGUCUCUCCUUGCUAAAUAUACACCACACUCAUUCCUCCCUGUGAUCUUUCUUCUGAUUCCCUAUUUCAGUGCCUCGUGGCAAAUUUCUAUAACAGGAGCCUAUUUGUCAUUUAUUAGGUUUCUGACUAGAGUUUGUUGGAGGUGACCCACAGAUUUCCUUCUUCAUUACAUAGAAUGAAAGUGUUGGAACAUGUUUGACUUUUAGAGCCGUGACUAGAUAUGUUGGUGGCUGCUGAAUGGACGCAUUUAUAACUUAAUGGCAUGGGCAGCUCUGGUCUUCCAGAUUAUUCUGGACUGCAUUUCCCAUAAUUCCUCAUCAUUGGCUGUGCUGGCUAGAGGUGUUGGGAAAAUUAAACCAAAGCCAUCUAGAUGACCAGUUACUCACAUGGAUCAGCACCGAUCAUAUUGAAAGGGGAAAUUGGAGAGGCAAAGAUUGUUGCCUGGUUUUGAGAGCAAUAUGAAUUUGCAUACAAGGGAGCCAGGGGCAGAAGACUAGCCCUGCUUCACCUUACUUUUCUGCAGCCUAUAAAUGUUAUAUUUAGGUGAAGAACUCAGGAGGAGGAUGGGAAGCAGUGAAGUCUUUUGGGAGUGUUUUGUCUGGCAAAGCCAGGCACACCUUUCAUUGACAAAAUCAACCCCCCACCCCUUUCUCCACAAUAGGGUCAGAUCUGUCUUUAUUUCAACACAAAGAUCUCCUUCUGUUUUAUCUCAAUUUGUCUGGCAUGCUAAGGCAUGCAUGUAACUGAUAUGAGACAAGUUGAGAUCACAGGCUGAAGUCCUCAAAUUAGUAUACUUGACUAAUGCCACAGAUUUCAAAGAGUCUCAUAAAGGCUCAAACUUUGUGACAAGAUCCAAGGUUCAGUUUCCAACACUCCCACUCCCCCCUGAAAGGAAUCAGAAAUAAUAAGCACUGAAAAAAGCCCCAGUUCUAUUACUCUAAUGCACAUUACCGUGAUAGUAAUAUAUGCAUUGUCUCCAUAGGUUCCAAGGAGUUGGAUAAGAUUCAGUUCUGGGAGUAUAAGGAUAGUAAUCCUGCUGCAAACAACGGUUUCAGAGUGGACAGUUUAUGUUCCUAAUUAAAAAAGCAAAGUUGACCCACUGUGGUAUUAACUAGGUGCUGCACCAGUGGAAGAAUGUACAUUUUUGUCCUUUAGUGUUUCUUACAUGGUAGGGAACACAGACUUGAUGUUUAUUACAAUAAAAAAGCACUUUUUAUGUCAGGAGCCACUUCAGAAAUUUCAAGUCGCUUCUGGUGUGAGAGAAUUGGCCAUCUACAAUGACGUUGCCCAGGGGAUGCCCAGAUGUUUUGAUGUUUUACCAUCCUUGUGGGAGGCAUCUCUCAUGUCCCUCAUGGGGAGCUGGAGCUGACAGAGGGAGCUCAACCGUGCUCUCCCCAAAAUUGGAUUCGAACCGGCAACCUUUAGUCAGCAACCCAACCUUCUACCCUUCAGUCCUGCCGGCACAGGGUUUAACCCAUUGCUCCACCGUGGGUUCCUAAGAAAAGUACUGAAGGGACAGAAGGCAUGAAGGCUGCCUCCCCCAAUCUGGUACUCUCCAGAUGUGUUGGACUGCAUGCUGGCUAACAAUGAUGGGAGUUAUAGACCAAAAAUAUCUUGGUUGUAUCAGAUUAGGAAAGGAUGGGAUCAGGCAAGGAAAGCUUCACUCUCACUUCAAGUGAGAGACAUAAGGUACUUACUUAGCCUGUUUCGUUUAUUCAAAAGAUAAAGCCAGACCACAACACCUGGGAAAUAAUGCCGUGCCAUUUUAAAAGAGGUGCUACUUUCAACAGGGCAAGUGAUUAACUAUUGCGAAAAGUCCCACAAGGAGGUUGAAUCACUUUUCCGUCUCUGCAGGCUGAUCAAAUCAUGACAUAAAGCCCAAUCGCUUUUUCAGGCAAUGUCUGAUGGAGAUAUCGGCAUGUAGCAAUAGCUAACAUUUGACUAUUGCAAAUGAGGGGAGAAAAAUUCCAUGGGUUUGUGUUACUUUUUGCUUUAAUCCUCCCAGUCUACUAAUUCAAAGCAGAGGCGUGCCUUAACUCUAAGGAGGUUUGUUGUGGGGGCUCCUUCAUUGACUUGUAACUGUGCUUCCACAGCAAAAUGAUCCAAGCAAUGGCUCAUAAACCAAUUGUCUUCGGGGUCAUUCACAUAACUGUGCUAAGAGGGACAAUGCCCCUGAUAAAGAAGAGGGUUUAUCCACUGAUCCUGCUGUGGCAUGUUGGUGAAAGAAUUACAGUUCAAAAGGCAGAAGUGUCCAUUCAGAGAACCAACUGUGCAAACCGGAGUGUUUACCAUAUUUCUGGGCACGUCAGAACAUCAUGUGGCUUUCUUAUCACACAGGAUGUGUCCCUUCUUCUAACUCCAGAACAAUGGGAUCCAAUUUCUGAACCCUGACUGGUUGGAUUUUUGUUUUCCUGUGAUAUCUCCUUUUGCUUUCCAGUUCAAAAUGGCUUGUAAUAGUAAAGGAACAGAAUGUUAAAAACACAGUUCCCUGUCCAUGUGUAUGUCUGUGUAGAAAUAUAUAAUAUCAAUAUCUCCAAGGAAUCAUUAUUUUUAAAACUAGGCUGCACUCUUUUAAACUCAUUGGACUACCUCCUUCCCCCUCCACUGCGCUGAAUCAAUUAUUUGAAAGGUUAUCACCUCUUAGAUGAUGACGGAAACUGACUGGCAGCGCAUGGGGAGCAGAUCCACAAGUAAUAAGAACAUCAGCCCUGGCCUUGUCUUUCUCAACUGCAGAGUAUGCCUGUCCUGUUUGGCACAAGUCUGCCCAUGCAAAGCAGGUGGACAUAGCACUGAAUGAAACAUGCAGAAUCAUCACGGGAUGCCUUAAACCUACACCUAUUGAUAAACUCUACAAGUUAGCUGGCAUUGCCCCUCCUGACGUGCGACGGGAAGUUGCUGCUAACGGUGAGAGAAAAAAGGUUGAACAUUGUGAAAGCCACCCACUGCAUGACUAUCAACCUCCUCCCAGUAGACUCAAAUCAAGGAAGGGCUUCAUGAGAACCACCACUCCUCUUGAUGUCCCUCCAGCAACAGCAAGGGUGUCUCUCUGGGCAGCUAAACCUGGCAAUUCUAACUGGAUGGCCCCCCAUGAGGGUCUUCCUCCAGGGGCAAACCAGGAAUGGGCAACUUGGAAGUCCCUGAACAGACUCAGAAGUGGAGUGGGCAGAUCAAAAGACAACUUGGCAAGGUGGCACUACCUGGAGGAAUCCUCCACCUUGUGUGACUGUGGAGCUGAACAAACAACUCAGCAUAUGUUUGCUUGCCCACAAUGCCCUGCCUCAUGUACGGAGGAGGAGUUGUUUAAAGCUACAGACAAUGCGGUUGCUGUUGCCCGCUUUUGGUCCAAAACUAUUUAGUUGCUUGUGAUUUCUUUUCUUUUCUAUUUUAUUUCCAUUAUUUGAAAUGUAUUUGCUGUACCAAUGCUUUUGACACGAAAUAAAUAAACCUCUUAGAUUCA